AUGAUCGACAUUCCCUUACUACACGUCGAGGAGGCAUACGACGAUAGUCCUGCCUUUCGCAAGAAAUUGAAUACCGCCGAGUCUGCUUUGGCGGCCCUUGACACAAACAUCAGGAGGAUUGUUGGACUCGCAUUGCAGCUAGAUCAAAUUGGAAAAGAGUACAGCGACAAGAACGAACAAUUGGCAGAUGCUCUACAAGAACUCUGUACGCUAAAGGAGGGAUCUAGUGGAGAAGCGGCUAUUGCUUCAACAGAAGUUCUACGCAUGGCAUCGGCUCUCAAAGAAAUCGAACAAGGGCGAAAGAUGGCAAUGGGACAAAUCAAGGAUUUAUUUCUGGAUCCGUUGAUGAAAUUCUCGACAACUGAAAUCGCACCAGUCAAGAAAUAUGGAGACGAGUACCGCAAAGCAGCAUCGAGUUACGAGAACAGUCACAGCAAGUUUGCAGCAUGCCUACCAAAGGCUGUUGGACUAGACAAGGUUGCCAAAGAAGUUGAAGAAGGCAAGUUUAUGUGA